GGUCCAGCCUUCACUGUGGCUCCACUCGAACUUCUCCUCCGCGCAGCCGUGGGGCUUUUCUCUCGUUUCACCAUGUCCACGGUUUACGCAGCGUCCGUCUCUGCUUUUGUCCUCUUUUUCAGCGUUUUUAUUCUCGCUACAGAAGCGCAGACUCCUGCUCCAGCUCCGGUUCCUUGUGCUGACAGAUCCAACCGCAGCUGCUCUGAAUGCCUGCAGAAUGUGACAUGUUUGUGGUGCACGUCGAACGAGCGAUGCGUUGACUACCCAGUGAGGAACAUCCUGCCCUCCAACAGUCUUUGUCCCCUGAAUGAUGCGCGAUGGGGCGUGUGCUGGGUCAACUUCCAGAUAUUGAUCAUCACCAUGUCGGUGCUGGCCGGUGUCAUCAUCAUUGCCAUUCUGGUUUGCUGCUUCUGCUGCUGCAAGUGUGAACGAAUGGGGAACAGGAAGGAAGAUGCAAGAGUGGAGCGACAGACUCGAGCGAGGAAGGCCCAUCAGAAAGCGAGGAGAACAGAAAUGCAGCUGAGGCAUGAUGAAAUCAGACAGAAAUAUGGCCUGGCAAAGGAUAAUCCAUACGCCCGUAUGGACGAUCAUUAGGAAGAACCUCAGCGAUGGUUACUUCAAAUGAUCUUUUUGAUGCCAGUAACAGUGAGACGCAGCGUGCCAGUAGCUUAUUAUAAACUGUGAUUAUCCGGAUUGAUUUAGAUGUGACAGUGUUUGCAAAAAAACUUUCUUUACCUAAUGUCCCUCUUUUUAAAAAAACAUGCAGCUCUCUUUGGUUUUCAGAUUAAUAUUUUUUGCCCUUAACUGGAUUUAUAACCCAAUAUUGUUUUCUGUCCACACACAAAACUGGAUCAGGAUGAAGACAUCGUCCGCCACUAUCCAAACAUUUUGUAUUAGUUGGAACAAACUGAUCAACUCUUUUGAUGCUUCUUUCAUAACCAGCAUAUUCACUUUUAUAUUACAUUUGCAAUGAACUUUCUUUUCCUGUCGUUGAUGUCUAAAGAUCAAUGUGUAUCUUUUUUUCUAUAAAAGGUUAAUGUAACAGAUUUUUACUUUUUUCCAAUUUUAGCUUUUGAUAAAUAUAAGAAUUUGUUUCAUAACUGUGUCGGAUAAAGGAAAUGUGUGCAUCGAAACUACAUGUGGAUCGACUGAAUUUUGUGCAGCAAUUAAAAACAAAUGAAUUUCAAAAUUUAA